UCAAAUUAGGCAAUCUCGGUUGGAGACGGUCUGACCGCGCCCACGGAACCCUCCAGCAGCCAGAAGCUCCUCAGCCCGCCUGCUCGACUGGCGCGGAGUGAAGGGCAGAUCCAUCCGGACUGACGAUUUCAGGAGCUUCGAGGAUGAGGAGCUGGGCUAACCUCCCCCACUCAUCCCUUCUCGCCUCUUUCCUCGCGGCGUCUUGCCUUCUCGUGGCCGGAUCGCAUCAGGAAUUGCAUGAAGCAUCUGGAUCCAGAAUUCUUCAUCAAACAAAGCCACACACACAUGAGGUGCAUUGUUCAAGGGAAAGGAGCCGUGCAGCUUGGAAAGCUAUUGACGAGUACUUGAUGCCCUUUGUGGAAAAGGAGAAAUAUGAACUCCCAAGCAAAUGCAGACUUCGUCCUGAAAACGACAUGUUUCGGGAACAAGAGCAACAUAAGAUCCAUUUUGAUGUUAACGAGUGGCGUUGUGGCUUCUGCAAGAAAUCUUUUCGGGCAGAAAAAUUUAUCGAUCAGCAUUUUGCAAACCGGCACAAUAAUUUGUUGGAUAAUAGUCAAGGAAGAUGCUUGGCAGAUCUUUGUGGAGCACUUCACUGUGAUCUGACAAUGGAGUUCAAGAAACCAAAGAGUAAAUGCAAUGAUGCUGCAGCUGCAAGGAACCGUCAUCGUUGUGAGAGCCUUGCAGACAGUUGCUUUCCUAUUAAUCAAGGGCAUUCUGCCAGCCGUCUUCAUGAAUUUUUCUUGCACCAAUUCUGUGAUGCUCACACUUGCAAUGGGGUCUCCAAACCUUUCCCCAAAGGUGGCAGGAAACAAACAAACAAACAGAUUCUACCUGGCUAUCUGCAUCUUGACGGUGCUGCUUUUGCCUGUGUUCUAUCUCAUAGUAUUUUUACACCAGAGGGAAAUGAAGAAAGGAGAUCAAGUUUUCAAACGAAUUGGAAAGACCGUGCACAAGAAAAAGCCGUCCUAGUUCCUCGCACGGAUACAUGAGGUCCAAGAAGCAGUCAUGUGUAAUUUUUGAGAGGUUACAGAACAUAUCCUUUGAUGUAAACCGAAACAUUUACUCCUGGAACCUGAUGCUUACAUGACUCUGUACAGCCAAUCUAAUGUGAGGAGAUUAUUGUGCAAUAUUUGUGAAUGGGCAAGGUUAGAGCUAUCACAGUAUUGUCGGUGUUACUGCGGCUGUAGAUUGUGGGGCAGCAACAAUUACUUUAUCUGAGGUGCUAUCUAUGGUGUUCAUAAGAAUGUUUAGAGGCCCAUUUGUUUGGUUU